AUGUUGACAUCCGUAAAUGCCGUGAUGUCAACAACAUCGCCUCCAUUACCGUCAUCACCAUCCUCAUCGUCCACGUUAUCAUCACCAAGUUCCAGCAGCAGCAGCAGCAGCAACAACAACAACACGGCAAUACUCCCCAUGCUAUCCCCGCGUUCCACUCCCGCCCAACCAGCUGUGUCGUCUUCGUCCUCACCUGGCUGUUGUACGUUGGCAUCUUCGACCACCUCUCCGUCUGCUCCGGCACUGGCGGCGGCACUACUGCUGACAUCACAUUCGUCGUCCGCUAGCCGAACGUCCGCAUCUUCACAAUCGCAUGGCUACCAACAGCAGCAGCUACUAUCACCACCACCACCAGCAGCGUUAUCCUUAGCGUCGUCCUCUUCACCGAUCUUGGUACAAUCUUCAACGGUGGCUACUACCGGUACUACGGCAUCAUCAUUGCUGAUCAAUCAUCUCACGAGCAGCACCAAACAGCAGCUCCCAUUACCAUCUCCCCCGUCCUCGAGUUCAUCGUCCGUGUGUCGGGGCACGGUGGCAGUACCAAAACCUUCUGCUCUGGCAGCAGUAGCAGAUGAAGUGAUUGGCAAUAAGAGCGAACUGCAUCAACCACCGUUAGUGGUGGUAGCAGCAGCAGCAGCAGCCACCCAGAAGAAGACAAAACUAGGAAGCAAUGUUGCCAUAGCCUCAUCGCCACCAGCUAGCAGCAAUCGUAGUGAGGGGAGUGAUAUUUCGGCCUGCCCGAAGGUAAUAUCGCCCAUCGUGAACGUGGUGGUUAACGAUAUUGCUGCCGGAUUGGCAAAUGCUGUGGCGGCUGCUGUAGCGGACGCUGUAACUGUUGCCACGAUCGGAAGGAAUCUGAUUAUGGCUACCGGUGGAGGAGGUGGUACUGCACGUCAUAAUCACAGCGGACGUGCGACGGGCAGCACAAGCAGUAACACGGGCAGCAACGGCACCAACACUCUCAACUCGUACUCACAGUUGCGCCAACAGCUCGAAAUGGGAACCUCUGCAGCGGCUGUGCUCGUGGCUGCUGGUACCGGUGCGUCCAAAGGUGGUGCUGUUGUCGGUCACCAGCCGGCAUCCUCACACCAGCAGCAGCAGCAGCAGCAACACAGUCACCUGAAGCAAUAUCUUAAUGCUGCAUCCUCCGUCGGAAGGAGAGGUGGCAGCGCAGGAGCAGGUGCAGGAGGUGGCAGUUUAAUGCUCGCUGCUGGUGGUGUUGCCGGUAACCAGCACCCCGGUGGUGCGGCACAGCAGCAGCAACAUCACCAUCACCAUCACCACCAUCAUCAUCACGUACAUUCGCAGCUAAGACGUCAGCCGACGUGCAGUGGUUCCACUAAUGGCGGUACAGUUGCUGCCGUAGCUUCCUCUCAUGCAGGAGCGAUUCACGAUAAUGGCAGUGGACACAACAACAAUGCACGCUCGACAUCGAAUGCAAUCGAUGCCAACGCAAACCAUCAUCAUCAUCGAUGGUAGAUAACGAUGGGAAGAUGUUGAUCUUAUGUUGAUCUUAUGUUGAUGUGUGUGUGUGUGAGUGUAUUUGGCGUAAUGAUCGCGAAGCACAAGAGUGGGGACGUGGAGGUGAGGGGAGGCAUACAAACUUCAAAGAAGAAGAAGGAAAGCUAUCUAAUCGUUAUUAGUACGCCGUGUACGCGUGUGUGUGUCCGUUGUAGCAUAGUAGUAGUGGCAUAGUAGUAUUUGAUAAUAGUAAAAAGGCAGGGAGAACGGCGGACACUUUGUAGUAGAGCUCUACUCGUAGUAGAGAAAAUCCAUUGGAAGAGAAUAUAUAGAGGGACCCUAGCUGUGUCUGUCGGUCACCGUAAAUUGUCGAUUACUACUUGAUGGUGAAUGUUCAAGAAGCAAGUAGUAAUGGUGGACCAAAGUACAGUCAGCAGAACAGGUGGCGUGUAAUUGCAAACAAGAAAAUUUGGAGAAAACGCAUUGCGAUCAAGAAAGACAGACAGCGUAAGCAAGAAAAAGUAAGAGAGUGAGAAGUAGAAUAACUAAUCAAAAGGAUCGUGUUUGAGAUCGUACGAUCGCGAGUGAUGCCGGGAGGACUUUUAGUUCCGUCUGAUCACUUCACACUUUCGUUGUUAAUGAUCGUUUAUUUGCAUGUUUUUUUUCUUCUGGAAUACUAUGUUUGCUGCUGCCUCUGUACACAGUACCUCGCCUCGUACGUGUGUUUGUGUGUGUGUGUAAUCCUUCCCUGAUUCUCAUUCCAAUAUGUAUGCACAUGGAUGACACGCGGUACACACUAAUAGGCGCGUGUUUAUAGUACAGCAAGCUAAAGAUAAAGUCGCCGGUAUAUGGAUGAUUAGCGAAAAGUCCUUCUUCGUCCCCCGUGCGAGAAAGUAUCCAACAACAACAACAACAAGAACAACACACACACACACACACAUACACACACACGUGCGAUCACUUCCCUGCCCAGACAUGUUUGUUGCGCGCUCCGUCAGUUUUCUCUUUCCUUAUUGCCAUUUUCUUUAACCCUUCUUUGUUUAGUUUUGUUUGCCUCCCCUUCUCUUUCACCCGCUCCAGCUGCGGCUUUACUAUUUGUUGGGUGGCAAAAUUAUUUUGUUGUUUCAUUUCAAAUUGUUCGAUUUAUCGUCAUCAUCAGCCGCCGCCGUCGCCGCCGUCGUCGCGCGCAGAGUUAUAAACAUAAUUUAUGCAUUGUGAUAUUUUUUCGUCGUCUGUGUACACGUGUUAGCUAAUAUUAAUUAAUUAGUAAUAUGACAAGUGAUGAAGAAAUGAUGAGAGCAUCGUGAAUGUGAGGACAAACACAGUAGCCAGGCGCCAAGUAAAGAAGCGAAUGAUAAAGGGAUAGUAGGGAGAGAGUGAUUAGUGUUGAUAACAUGGACAAUGAGAUAUGAGAUGAGAUGAGAUGAGAUGCACGGUUACGGUAUAUUGCGGAUGUUAAGAAACCAGCAAGGAUUACAAAGCAAAGAAGAAAUCAAGCAGGACAAAGAUGGAUGAAGAAUCAGAAGCCGGGGGAGUUUGGCAUGGGAGAUGAGGGGGGAGUGGGGAAGGGGGGGGGGCUUGUAAUAACGAUAAUGAUUGCAUUGACGGAAAGGAUGAUGUAAAAGAGGCCAAGUGUAAUCUAUUUUGCUGAUAAUAAUGCUAAUAAGAAUAUUAAUAUUAAUAAUAAUUAUAAUAAUGAGGAUGGCCUGUUUAAAGGUAACGUUCUUAUUGAGGUAGUGAGAAAGAGAGAAACAGUUGGAAAAUGCAAUCGCGAUUAAUGGAAAAAGCCGUGGUUUUCAUCGGCGUUUUUUUUUGGUCCUGUAUGCUAUCAUUAUCAUUUUUGUACAUCACACCCGUGUUCCUUCUGGACUGUGUGGAAUGUUGUAUUGGAAUUGCAGGACUUUGCUGUGCAUUGCAGAGGGGUAGCGUGAAUCCCUAUUCACUUUACACAGUUGGUGAAUUGAUAGCAUUUGUUACUUUUUUCUCCAUUAGUAGAAGUAGUGCAGAGUACGGCUUAUCAGGAACUCUCAAAACCCAUUAAGGCUUAUCUGUUCCGCUUGCAAAGACGCGCGUUUUCUUCAUCUGAUCAUGCGCGAGGAUCACACGGCGGAUGGAAGGUUUUUCCUUUCCUCCCUAAUUUUGUUUUGUUUCGUUUUCAACAUACUCUCUUGUUGAGUGUUGUUUGCAGGUAUUGGUGAUGAUUGGGUUUUGUUUUUGUUUUUCUUCUUGUGGAUACAGUAGAUCACCUCAGUCAGAACUACUCCAUCAGAUGCCCCAGCAAAACACAGGGAAUGUACCAAAAAGGAGAACAGCUGUGUGAAUAAUGAAGGGCCGGUUCUUCUGCUUGUUUUUUUGUUGUGUUCCUGCCCACGGGUUGGGCCCGAUUAAAACGCGAGAGAUUCAUGCUAGCAUGCAGCAGAAGCAAAUGAAGUGUUUUAGUAGUCGACGAACCUACCCCACCACACAGUAAUAAGCAAGAGAUGUAGUAUAACGCGCGUGAAAGAGAGAGAGAAAGAAAAUGAACCGAAAAUUACCCCAAAAAAAAGCGUGCGCACUGUUGUUUGUAAGUGCGUUAAUACUCUCAAUCCGGGAACGCUCUUUGUGGCUUUUUUUGUGGUUGCCUUCUUCGAAGUUCAAAAUCACGGUCAGCGGGAAAAGGGAGCGACAUUACAUAGGAAAACCACAUAGAAUCAACUGUACAUUUAUUUCAUUGUUUUUUGUUUUGUUUUCUUAUUGUUGCCCCGUAUGGUGUAUCUCUUCCCGCGAUACACACGGCUUACUUACUGAUCCUCUUAUUAUUAAUUAUUUUCCAUUCAUUCGGUUCCGUCUAUUCAUGGACCUAAUAUGAAUUAACGUAUUUUUUUUUGGUUUAGAAUUUAGUUAUUUUGGUAGGAUUUUUUUUCUUCUGUGUACUAUGUCCAAUGCGUUAAACCGAAAUCUAGUUGCGCCUAGAUAGAUAACACACCAGAGAGCCAGAGACAUACACACACGCACGCAUAUACGGUGUGUUUAGGCGGCGUCGUUUCUAUUUUUUGUUCUCGUUGCUCUUUUGCUUUAUGUAAAAUGUGCGGAAAAAAGGAAGAAAAAAAACCACGUGCGAAAGAAAGCGUUAAAUGGGGUAAAAGUGGGUGAAAGCGCAAUAGCAGAGAGCAGGAAUAACAAACGUUUUUGUUUUGUUCGUUUUACGAUGCCGUUUAUACAACAACUACAAAAAAAAAUAAAACAAACAACAGUAAAUAAGUGAA